AUGAUCACUCGUGCUAAAGCUAUACUGGGGCUUGCACCUGCUGCUCCCGUGGCAAGCAAGCCUAAAGUUGUCCAUCUUGCUGAUACCGCUGAUACCACCAAUACCACCGAAACCACCACACCAACCCCCAAACUUCCCAUCGAGGAGAUUUUUAGAUUUCCCGUGGUGGCACAUAGCUUCGAUUUGACGAAGAUCAUGCUACAUAUGACCAUCGCAACACUAUUUUACAUGCGCGGUUUGUUACCAGACAUGGUCUUUAGCGAGCGAAACCUUCGAGGAGCAUCAUUCGAAAAGGGCUUCAUCUAUUCCCAAAUAAUCAACGGAAAAGGCGUCGGGAAAUCCAGAUCCCACAGAGCGGAUUAUGUCCCCACGAGGAUAAUCGAGAAAAACAUGAACGACACGGCAGAUCACUUUCUCAACCUCCUUGAAGGAGGAAUUUUCGAAGCAAUCCGACAAGGAAACCUCCACGCUGUGCAACUUACGAUCUUCGACAACCUAGAUGUACCAGAGGCCGUCCUAGAGUCGUAUACAUUCACCUUUGACUACUCCGGCAAUCGCGGCCCAGCCGAUCGCAGACAUGUGUACACGAAGAUUGAUAUUUUGGAUAUAGCAGGAGACAAGAACGCGUGGCGUGAUGUGAUUAGAACUGGAGAGUCACUCAUUCGACAGCUGAUCACGAUGUGCGCUAGAUUACCGAUUUUGCCUAAUCAGCGAUACAUGGGCAUACAUGUCUUUUACAGGGAUGAAUGUGAUGAUUCGUAUGAGAUACCUGGCUUCGCUCGCGCCGAUGACGAUACUAUUGGAUACCCGAGUGCUGGGGAUUGGGGAAAAGUGUCGCGGUUCUGCGGGACACUUGAUAGUGGAUUCCAUACUGCCGGAGUGCGAUUGAGCCAUCUCGCCCCCCGCAUCAUUGACCUGGCGACCCCCAUUGAAUUGCUAGAGGAGAGGUACGAUGACAACCUGCUCCGCGUUAGUGAGACUGGAAUCGAGGAGGCUCAGAUACCGAUGAUGGGGGAGGUGUAUUUCUCCACGGAUGAAAGCACUUGUAGUGAAAGCUCUCCCACUGACCCAUCUCUGGUCAGAUAUCUACCUCUAGACGAGGACGGCAAUGAAGAUGACCAGGGCCCUGUACAGUGGACCUACUACAACAUCACCCAGCGGCUGCGUACCAUGGAGAAAAUGAGACAUAAUCAUAAAAGAGGGCGUCCGAAAAUACUCGCAAAUGACGAGCCCGAACUCCUAACUACCGAGGCCCAAGCUAAGUCUGCUCAACGCAGAGCUCACAGAAGGGCGAUUCACCUGGCGGAGAGUAUCAGCAACGAAGAAAUUGAGCUACCAGAUGUAAGAUCCAGAUCUUUGAGGAAGGCCCAAACGCCCGAGCCUGGACAACCCACAGACCGUAUUUCGACUCGCAGGGCUGCGGGCCAGCGGGCUUUAGAAGAGAUUCGUGAGAUACAGAAAUCGGGACUACGACCUACUGUCCGCGCGAUGACAGUGCACUAUAUCGGGAAUCGAGCAGUACCGGUCGACAAGUUCUCCGAUCAGAAUGAUAACGGGGAGAGUUCCUCGCAUGACAUCGUUGAUCAGAUCGAUGAUUGUCGGUUCACCCAGCACGCCGAGUGCUAUGGAUACCGACACAGAAAAGACAACCGGCUUCCCAAGAUUCAUUACUGCUACAGCUGCUUGAUCGGCUAUGACUUUGACAGUGAAUUAAUGGAAAAGCUAAAAAAGCUCAUACGAAUGCGAAGAGCAGUCAAAACGAUCCUCUUCGAGGGUAUCCCACCAUCGAAUGCAAUUCUGGCCGCUCAUCUCGACUGCACAAGGGACGAAGCCCGUGAGCUCGUACACAGUUUCCGUAAACUCGGUCUCCUGAUUAGUAGUCUAGGAUGGAAAGCUAGAGGCUUCUAUAAGGGCAAUGAUCCCAAGUUCACUUUCGCUACCAAAGGACCAAGCAUACCAACACUGGCCAGUGAGGUGCUAGAUCCGAUGUUGCGUAUCCGCCAAUAUUAUGAUAUCCCGGUCCUCGAGCCUCCUUCACUUUUGGGUGCGAAUUUCCCAGGUUGCAUUAUUACAAAGUACCCGCCCGGGAUGGAGGAUAUGAAUACAACUAUGACUGCGCCAAGUAAGAAGCGGAAGCAGGGGGUUAUGUUUCACAAGGCUUAUGAUGGUGAACAUGCAGCGGACUCGAGGCGAAUGUCUAAAAAGCCUAAAAAGUCUGCAAAGUCUACGAAAACACAGAGAAAGAAGAAGUGA